AUGCGCGAUUUUAUCAAAAACUGGAUCCCCCUAGUCGGUGUUUUAACGCGUUACACACGACUAGAUGCGGAGAUGGACGUGCGAGGCGGAAUAACACUGGGGUUAAUAACAAUAUCGCAGAGCAUAGCUCACGCGAACAUCGCACAUGUUGGUCUCAUAAACGGCCCGUACUCCUGUGUUUGGCCGGUUUUAAUAUAUGCGAUUUUUGGCACGUCGCCGCACAUGUCGGUGGGAACAGGCGCUAUGAUGGCGUUGAUGACGGGUGAACAUGUCGCCCACAUUCCCGAUCUGGCAACCAGAACUGCAGUUGGCUGCCAGUUGGCUCUAGUCACUGGAAUUGCCAUGUGCAUUUUGGCGCUGCUUCGACUGUCGUCCCUCGUGCGUUUUAUAUCCAGGCCGGCGCUGUCUGGAUUUGUCACCGGUGCGGCGUUCGUGAUAGUAGCAUCGCUUAUGAAAGACUUUUUCGGUCUACAUCACCUACCCAAGGGCGUUGACUUCUUUGAAAAUAUGUAUCUUGUCGGAUUGCGUCUAAACGAGGCGUCACCAGCAGUCACCGCCCUGAGUUUACUCACAGUCGGAAUAAUUUGGAUCUUCGCGCGAUAUCGGACGCAUUUCCGGCGCAUUCAGUUCAUAGCCGGUUACAAGGAACUAGUGGCUGGUGAUGAAACCGUUGGUCUUGUUCCCCCUGGUUUACCCUCGUUGGCCCUGCCUCCUCUCAGUGGUAUACCGGCUGUUCUCCCUGAUGGCAUCAUGGUCGCUUUCAUGUGCUUUAUUUCGAGUUACGCUGCUGCCAAGAAGUUUGCUAUCGUUGAUGGGUAUGAGAUUCAUGCGGGCACCGAAUUAGGCGUUAUGGGCGUCGCCAAUCUCGUCGGUUCAGUUUUCGGUGCAUUUCCAGUCCAGGGUGGUCUGUCGAGGACCUGCAUCAGUCACAGUAUAGGAGUGCGAACACAGGUUGCUGGUAUUGUCGCUGCACUUAUCGCUAUUGGGGGACUUACCUUUCUAACCUCACUGAUGUAUUGGAUACCCAAUGCGGCCCUCGCCGGAAUCAUCAUAUCGGCAACGCCCCAUCUCACCGACUUUCACUUCGCGAGAUGGUUAUGGCACAAUUCUAAACGAGAUUUUGCCGUUUGGUUGGUAGCUGUUGGAGGUACACUGUUGAUGGGCCUGCUCCAGGGUGUGUUUCUGUCUAUGGUUUUGUCGGUGACUCUAAUGGUACAGCAAAUUGCGAUGCCACCAACGAACGCUAUGGGCAGAUUGUCAAACGGCCAUUGGCGAGCCUUAGCAUACUGGCCGACUACUGCCAAGACCAUACCUGGUCUGUUGGUUUUUGGUGUCGAUGGUCCGCUGCUGUUUGUCAACUGGGAUCAUGUGAAAGACAAGUUACUACAUACCGAGCAGAGAUAUAGUCGUCACUGCCGCAAAUCGGUCCAGGCGGUCGUGAUGCAGAUGGUUGCCGUGCCAUUCAUCGAUGCUACUGCUAUUCAGGGCCUAGAAGAGCUCGCUGUAGAAUUGCAAGGCCGGGGAGUUACUCUGUGGUUUGCUGGUGCUCAUGGUAGCGUGAGGAGAAUGCUGGAGACGAUACUGGUGGAGCGACACAUCAUCGACCAGACUGAUUUAGUACAGCAAGUCGAAGCAGUAGUGCAACAAGCUUUGCGUCAUAUUGAUCUGCCAGUGACAACUCAAGCUGCAGUUAUUAUUCAAAGAUGGUGGAGAAAUCGCCGACAAUCGCUUUUAUAUGAUGGAGAAUAUAGUGAUGUUGAUCAAUACGCAAAAGUAUCAUGGGCAGUGGACGAUAGUACUCUCGAAGAGAUGUAUCGUAACCAAUCAGUUAGGCUGAUUCCAUCUUCAUCUGACUUGUUUCACGAAUAUCACCAAAUGGGCAAUUCGAAGAGUGGUCGGAGCCAUUCUGCGGAAUAA